AUGGCUGGAAGCGUUGUCGUCCACAAAUGGAACAUGAAACGUAGAACCAAGUGCGACGAGAAUAAGCCGUUUUGCCGGAAAUGUGUCAGCACUGGUCGUACUUGCGACGGCUACGAAUCCCCCUUUAGGGCUUUCGCCAGUCAACCCAUUAACAACGCCUAUGCUGACGGCAAGAAAUCAGAUCCUGGUUUACAGUCCGCCUACAUUGAGGUUACCUCUCGGGAUAUCGACCUUCUCAGUCGUCACUUUUCAAUCAAAACCAUGUUUGACGUGAAUCUGGACUGUGACGAAGAAGCCCGGCAAGUCCUCCAAGCCAGCUUGACUGAUCCGCCUAUACGACACGCACUUUUGUCUCUAAGAACACUUCGAAGAGAUGUUGAGAGGCUCGGAGACGGUCAGCAGACCUCGAGCUAUCAUUACGGUCUCCAGCAAUACACUAAGGCCUUGGGGGGUCUUGCUUCUACCUUGUCAUCUCCCAGUUCCAAUGGGUUGAAGUCGGCAUUACUUUGCUGCCAGAUCUUCAUCAGCAUUGAGCAAGUACGGAAAAAUUUUGCUGGGAUGGCCCAGCAUAUUAUUCAAGGACUCAAUAUCAUGCACGAGUACCGGGCAAGGCCAAGUUUUGUUACCCCGAACAAAUUGAUGCCAGGAAACCAUGAUCAAUUACCUCUGCUGGAUGUUUUCAUCAUCAAGAUGUUUGCUGCGCCGUGUAAAUUUACAACACCUCCAACAGCAGUUGAGGCACCCCGAACGCUGCCACAUCAACAGCCCGCUGAAUCUCACGAUCUUCGCACGAUUGCACCCGAUAUGCGGACAGAGCUUACGAGGAUCUCCGCGUUAACGCUUGAAUUCCUCGACAGAGUGUCGCAGAUUAAAACAGAAGAGAUUGCUCUUCAACUACUAUCUGAGAAAGCAGCUUUGCUAGAUUCUUUAGAAAAGUGGCUCAUUAAUCUUGAACUCGUUCAAACGAAGACUCGGCCUUCUGGACCUGAGCCGGUUUCAGUGUCUUUCCAACGCCUCUUCCAUCUAGUACUGAAAAUCGUUCUCCUGGGGGCACUGGACUUCUCACAAGAUGUUUAUGCCGAGCUGCAGCCUGAGAAUGACCGAUUGCAGGCCAUAGCCAACAACGUGGGCGAAAGAGUCAGCACUUACAGAUAUAAGGUGGAAUGA